AUGGGGGCACCUACGAUCCUCAUCAAUAAUGCAGGGCUUCUGGCAUCCCAUACAAUCCUCACCACAUCCGACGCGUACCUCCGAAAGAUCUUCGAUGUAAACGUUCUCAGCAACUGGUACACCACCAAAGCUUUCCUGCCAGACAUGCUCCGACACAACAAGGGCCAUAUCGUGACGAUCGCAAGCACGGCAAGCUUCAUUGGUGUCGCUGGCCUGGCAGAUUAUACAGCGACGAAGGCGGCUAUUCUAAGCUUCCAUGAAGCGCUCACCCAGGAACUCAAGCACCACUACAACAGCCCGAACGUGCUCACUACUUCCAUACACCCUAAUUGGGUCCGUACACCUUUGAUAGAACCUGUGGAGCAGGAACUCAAGAGGCGAGGUUCUCCCAUUCUUGAGCCGACUGCUGUUGCCGAUGCAAUUGUCGGACAAAUCAUGAGCUGCAGCGGUGGCCAGAUCAUCUUACCAAGCGCUGCGGGCAAGGUCAGCAUGCUGAGGGGAUUGCCGAAUUGGGUACAAGAGAGUCUCAGAAGCGGCGUGAGCAAGACGAUCUACAAUACCGUGAAAUAA